AUGGAGCCUGAACCUGUAAGGAAACGAUUCAAACAGCUCACAAAUGAAGAGAUACAGCAACUGGUUGAGGCCAAGGAUUCCGAAAAUACAAGGAGAGCGACUAAAAAUGCCGUUGCUACUUUUCUAGCAUUCUGUAAUGAAGUUACGCCUGAAGAACCCGUGAAAAACACAGAGUCCCUGGAGAAAAUGUCGAAGAACGAACUGAAUGAACUUCUAACGAAUUUCUGGCCGAAUGCCCGGAAAAAGAAUGGAGACAAUUACAAAAAGACUGCCUUGAUGGGACUACGAUUUGGUCUGCAAAGGCACUUUCUACUGAAAAGAGAUUUUGACAUCAUUAAUGACGGCGAGUUUUCCAAAUCAAAUCAAGUUUAUGAGGCGGCAGUUGUCGAGUUAAAGCGGCAAGGAUUUGGCAGUGUUGAUCACCACAGGCCGAUAUCAAAGGAAGAUCUAGAAAAAAUUCAGUCUUGCUACAAUCCAUCCUCUCCAGAUCCUAAAUCCCUCCAGCAAGUGGUUUGGUUUAAUCUCAUGUUCCACCUAAUUAGCCGCGGGAGAGAAAAUCUCCGUCUUCUCACAAAACAGACGUUUACCGUACAGGCUGAUGCAACUGGUAAGAAGUACGUAUAUCAAGAACUUGAUGAACUGGACAAAAAUCACAGGGGAAAGGAUCAACCAGAUGAUUCUCCAGGUGAAGGUCGUAUGUAUGAAAGACCGAAUAGUCCGUACUGUACAGUAAAUAAAUUUUGA